UACUGUAACGGCAAGUACAACGAAGGUGCCAAGGUGCACAUGAAGAAGGACUGCCCAAAGCGCAAGGAAGAUUUUGCGAAGGGGUACUACCGCACGUCCAUCUACAAGGCGGCGAAGAGUGGUCCUGCUAAGGUGGCGGCGGUGCGCGCUACUCGCAGUGAAGUGGCCGUGGGCCAGGUGGAAGUGGCCACUCCAAGCGGCGGCGAUCGCACUGCCACGGACAUGGAGGAGGCGGCUGCUAGCCUGGAUGACCUCACCAUGCAGUUGGAGUAUGCGAUUCUGGAUGCGGAGUGAGCCUCACUGGUAGAGCUGAAGUGUUUGUACGAGCUAAAGUUGAUACCUCGUAUAGAUUUAGCUUUCCAAAUAAUGGCUCUUUGGAUAAUUCACAUGUUGGAUUGAUUCGUUUGUGC